AUGAUUGCCAAUAAAGUAUUGUUUAAAGGUGUAUUGGAACCAUCACGCUACCAAGACCCAAGAACUUAUAAGAUGACACCAGCCAUGAUUAGAGCCAGGAAACCUUUCUUUGUACGUAACAUGAUUGGACUGACUUUCUUCGUUGGUUUGACUGGUGGUAUAUAUUACUAUACUUACAAUUUCUUACAUAAAGAUAAUGAUUUUGAUGAUGUGCCAAUUCCACCAAUUGAUGAAGAAGAAUUGAAACAAUUACAAAAAGAAUAUGAGUUAAGAAAAAAUAAAUCAAAAUAA